CUGGGAUACAAAAUGCCUCCUACGAGUGCUAGCUAAUGCUAACUUGGACUACACAACUACGAAUAAAAAUAUAUAUUACCUCGUAGUGUUCGUAUAUUUCUCAUAUUAAACUAUACUCAGCUGCUACCAUGUCAACAAAGUCAGAGUGCAGAGUCUCCAGUUCCACCUCCAGAACAGAUGAAAGGAGGAGAUCGAGCAGCAGAGGACGAGAAAAAAAGAAGCGGAAACGCAGCCGUAGCAGAUCUUCCUCGUCGUCUUCCUCUUCCACUUCAUCAUCUUCAUCAUCUUCUUCUUCUUCGUCGUCGUCCUCCUCCUCCUCUUCUUCGUCAGGCUCAUCACACUCAUCCAGCCGUAGUCGGAGUAGCUCCAGAAGUCGUGACUCUCACAGUAAAUCCAGAAAACAGUCUAAGAAAAGAAAAAAGGAAAAACAAACCAAAAAGCAGAAAGGAAAGAAAGAGAAGCGGCAUAAACGUAAAAAGGACAAGAAAUCAAAAGGAGAAGAAGAAGAAAAUUCAGGACCUGUUCAGAUCUCCAAGUACUUGAAGGAGAGGAAGAAAGGCAAGUACAGCAUGAUCUCAGGAAAGAAAAUAAAGAUGAAAGUAAAGAAGUCGAAGAAAGAUAAACAGCGGGACAAAAAUCGAGCAGAACUUCUUGAGUUCUUGAACUCUACUCUGUGAGGGCACUGUGGACACCAGCAGCUGGGCUCGGACAUGGCAGCAGAACUCAGGAAACAACGAGCUAGCUGUCCAGGAGAUCAAUACAAAGGGGUUUCUGUGGAAGAGAUGAUGAGUAGGACUUGUAUCAACACAGAAGAGCAGCACCGAGCUGAAGGAUUGAAGAAGCAUGUUGCCAUGCAUUCCACUAGCCAGAUUUUCAUCAUAUACUGUCCAAUUGGCCAGCUGAGCCUGGUAGCUGAUGAGAAGAAUUAAAGGAUGGGUUCUGUUGACUCAUGUUCCCAAAUUAACAUUGAAAUAGGUUUUUCUUGUUGCCGUCAUACCUCCUGUUCAUACUGACCAUUAGAAGAUCCCUUCAUAACUCACUUACAAUGUAAGUGAUGGGGGUCAACAUCCACAGUCGUCCUUUGGUGCGAAAAUGUAUGUGUCGUCCAUGUUGCAGAUAUCCACUUGAUAUGAUUAACUUAGACUGAUGAAGUCUCAUAUAAGCUUCACAUCAACUUUUAAAUGCAUUUUUUGCACAAAAUGACUGUGGACACUGAAGAUUUUGGACUCCAUCACUUACAUUGAAGGCACAUUUGAAGGGGAACUUUCAACCGCCAGUAUGAACAGAAGGAACGAUUACAGCGAGGAAAACCUCUUUCUUUCUUUCUGUGUUCAUAUGUAACCCUGACUGUUUUAGGACACACUUGAAAAAUGAUGAACUCAUCCUUCAAUGAUGCAGCGUCAUCAGAUAUAUAAGCUGUGGCCAACUAUAUUAGAUGAAGGUUUUUGUCAUCAGACAGCUUUGAAAGUGGGAGGACUGUCAGUGAUCAGUAUUGUAAGAUGCUUGUUGUUAAAACGACAGCCCCCAUUUUUACUUGCUGACUAUGUCAGUUAUUCACGACCACCCAACAACAUUCACGGCAGCCCAUAUGUGUAUUUUUUUAUAGAUAAUUGACUGUUAUUUUUCCACAGUAUAAUUUGGCUUGGGAACCACGCUGUUAUCAGUGUGCAAUGGUGUCAUAGUUUUUAAUGUGUACAUUUUGUUUAAAAUAUGAGAAAUGACCGUGUUGAUGAUUGCUUAAUGUCUUAGUCAUAACAUUCAUUUUCCCAGUGAUAUCAGCAUAUUGUUUCAUCAUUAAUUUUUAUUACAUUUAAAUAUAAAAUACAAUCAUUGUUAGACCCCUGUAUCAAACCAGUUGAAAGCUUUAUAUGGAUGGUGUUGUGUACUGUUGAAUUUUGCUGUAUGACAAAAAGAAAAGGAACGGCAAUAAACUGCUGG